AUGAGAGAGUCUGAUGUAAGAGAAAUGUUUAGUAAAUACACAAAGAUUGAGCGUAUUGAUAUUAAAACUGGAUUUUGUUUUGUUGUUUGUGAAACAGAAGAAGAUGCAAAAAAAAUAAUCGAUUUAUCUCAAACAACUCCUUUUAUGUUCCGUGAUAAAAAAAUUAAUAUUGAACUUAGCAAACAGAAUAAUUCAAAUAAAGAAUGUUAUAUUUGUCAUCAACAAGGACAUAUUGCUCGUAAUUGUCCGAAGCAAUCAGGAAGAAGGUAUGAACGAAAUAGGCCUAGAAGAAGACGUUCGAGAAGUAGAUCGCCAAGUAGUAGAAAUCGAAGUAGGUCACCAAAUAGUAGAAGUAGAUCACCAAAUAGUAGAAGUAGAUCACCAAACAGCAGAAGCAGAUCACCAAAUAGUAGAAGUAGAUCACCUUCAAGAAGAAGAUAUCGUAAAAGUACUAGUUAUAAAAGAAGAUAUUCAUCAAGAAGUAGAUCAAGAAGUAGUUCUAGAAGACGUUCAUAUAGUAGGUCAAGAAGUAAUUCAAGAAGUUAUUCUCAAAGAAGUCAACAUAAUGACUAA